AUGAGAACUUCAAAAAAUACGGAAUAUGAAGGUGCCGUUGUUAUCGUUCAAGUCAUACCAGAAACUAGUCUUGACGAAAAUACAUUCUUGCUUAAAACAUAUACGCGACCACAAAUAGAUUUCGAAUGGGCAGUAAAGUUGAAUCGAUGUACUUUGGAACUGAUCGGGCUUUGGCCUGAGACCAAGCAAACUACAUGGCAAAAGUGUAUGCGCAAUUUACGUGCGCUUGUCGUUGUGAUGUCAUUGUGGAUCGGUAUUUUGAUUCCUGCCAUACAUUCUUUGAUAAGAAUUCGUGGAGAUGUUAUGCUAAUGAUAGACAAUUUACAAUUUACUUUACCAGUCUUCACCGCCAUGCUCAGAGUUGUAAUUUUUUGGUGGAAAAAAGAAGCUAUGUCAUCUUUAAUGGAUAUGAUUGCGAACGAUUGGGUAAAACCGAAAGCUUCUUGGGAAAGAAUUAUAAUGGUUACAAGAGCGCAAACUGCGCGUAUAAUUACCAUGUUUAUGUACGGCAUGAUGGGAAUAUGCUUCUCCAUUGCUAUAUUGAUGCCUGCUUGCGGUUUUUCGAUGAGAUAUUUAACGAACAUUACUGAUCCAGGCAAACCAUUGCCAUUACAGACGUAUUAUAUAUAUGAUACAACGAGAAGUCCGCAAUACGAAUUAACAUUCAUUUCUCAAGCUAUCUCCAUGAUUUUAGGCGUUUUACCUUACACAGGCAUAGAUAAUUUUCUUAGUCUGUUGGUAUUUCAUAUCUGCGGCCAACUAGACAUUCUGAAAAACCGUAUCAUGCAUUUAGAUAAAUUCACGAAUUACGCUAACGCUUUAAAGAGCUGCGUGGUGGAUCACACGCGACUAAUCAGAGCUAUCGCUGUUAUAGAAGACACUUUUAAUCUAAUGCUGCUUGCAUUAUUUUUAUAUUUCGGUACUCUUUUCGCUUUUUACGGAUUUUUAAUUCUUAGUAUACUUCAAUACCUUUUUGAUGAAUUAAAGUGUAGUCGAAUCCAUUAUGCUGCAUAUUCUAAUAAAUGGUAUAUCCUGGAUCCAAAAGAAGCGCGGGAUAUAAUUUUUCUAAUGAUCAAAACCAGUGAACCUCUCUAUCUUACCGCUGGUAAAGUGUUUCCUAUGACAAUGGCUACAUUUUGCAACUUGAUAAAAACAUCAGCUGGUUACAUAUCCGUCUUGCUCACAACGAGGUAUUAAUUCAAAAACACUAUAGAAUAAGUCCCCUUAUAAGAAAGUUCUAAUAGUCUUCUUAUGUAAAGUUUUAAAAAAGUAAAUAUAUACAUAAAAAUAUAGAUAUUAUAUAGAAUUUCCUAUUGUUUUAAAUGUAUAUUGUUAAUAUUAUUAAUAUGUAUGAAAAAAACCUUAUAGAAUGCAAGUAUACAAAUAUAUCAUCUUGUUAAAAUAUAAAAAUGUCUUCUUCCGCAUUAUGCGGAAUAAAUCUACAGAUGAUAGAAUAAUUAAAUACAUAAACACUAAUGUAUAAUGAUAUAAUAUAAGCGAAAUCUCUCCAAGAAAUUGUGCCAAUAACACGACUUCCGUCGCUAUAGUAAAAAAGAAAGCAGUUUAUACAGAUUCGAAACAGCCUGUGUGUAUGUGUACGUGUGUUACAUUCGCUCUUG